CUGGAUCCGGAUGAUGAAAGGAAGGAACUAUGCGCUAACGCUAGAUAGACUCCGCACGCACCAGCGGUUGAUGAUCUGCCCAUGGAUGUUGUUCCCUUCCUGAUGGCAUGGACAGUCCGUCACGGAGCCGAUGCUCUCGGAUCCGACAAGAAGGUUCAUCAAGUUCAUCUCGAUAUGGAGUUCAAUGCUAUACAGCUUUCUUGAUUGCUGCUCACAGCAUGGCGAUUAUGACCCUAUACAUGAAUGUUCGAUUUGACCAACUUGACCCCAAUGCAAUGGUCCGGGGUAUAGCAACUCCGCUCUUUGUUGCUCUUGGGGCAAACUGAAAGGAACCACCCCGUACGUCAGCCAACCACCUGUCGCUGAAAACGAAUCUAGAGCGUUGAAUCGCCUUGGAGCUAUCACUUC